AUGGCCCCUCCCGUUGAGUCAGAAGUUACUUUUGAGACUGAUGUCCACGAUGUCUCUCCAACUGUUCGGUCUCGGCCGUCUUGGUAUCGCUCUAUUCCAUUCCAAAUUGCUGUUGCUAGCGGUGUGUCGUUCACUGCUCCUGGAAUGUGGGAUGCAUUGAACAACCUGGGAGCUGGUGGUGCAGCUGAGCCCUACGCUGUCUCCGCAGCGAACGCGCUGGUCUAUGGAUUAUUUGCAGUUGUUUGUAUCGCCGCUGGUGCAAUCAACAACCGUAUCGGUCUUCGAUACGGUCUGAUUCUCGGUGCGGUCGGUUACCCGAUCUAUGGUGCCGGCCUGUACACAAACAACUACCACCCUACGACAUGGUUUCUGCUCUUCGGCUCCGCGCUGUGCGGUAUCUCAGCUGGAUUUUUCUGGGCUGCCGAGGCUGCUAUUAUCAUCGGUUACCCUAGUCCCAAGGAGCGCGCUUUCUACAUUGCUGUCUGGCAGACCGCCAAAUCUUCCGGUCCGAUCAUCGGUGGUGCCAUCAGUCUGGGACUGAAUGCAUCGACUUCCCAAAAGGGAACAGUCAGCGCUGCGACUUACAUCGUCUUCAUUAUCAUCAUGUGCCUUGGCUUACCGAUUGCGCUCCUACUCAGUCCUGCCGAGAAGGUGCAGCGCAAGGACCAUUCUGUCGUGGUUGUGGACAAGAAGGAGACUUGGGCCAAGGAAUUCAAGGCUGCCUUUUCUCUGAUCCUCACUCGCCGUGUCCUCCUCCUCCUUCCAGCAUUCUUCAUCAGCUACUUCUACAACGGCUUCCAGAGCACAUGGCUGACCACCUAUUUCACCGUCCGGUCUCGCGCAUUCUCCUCGUUCCUCACCAACUUUGCCGGCAUCGCGUCGUCGUUCAUCAUGGCGGCUUUGCUUGAUCGUCAAUCGAUCUUUAUCAAGACCCGUGCCAGAAUCGCUUUCUGUUCCGUCGUUGCCCUAAUCAUCGGCACGUGGAUCUGGGCUACGAUCCUGCAGAAGCAGUUCUACGACGCACCCGAGCCCCCAGUAUUCGAUUGGUUCACAACCGGCUUCAACAAGGCGUACGCGCUAGUCUUCUUCUGGACCUUCAGCGGUCAAGCCUUCCAGCAAUUCCUUUACUGGCUGGUUGGCCAGUACAGCACCGACCUCUCAUCGUUGUCCUACCAUUGUGGAAUCCUGCGCGGAUUCGAGGCUCUGGGACAAACCGUCGCAUGGGCCAUGCAAACAGAAGGUGGUGCCAACCACUUCGUCAGCAUCGGUCUCAACUUUGGAAUCACGAUUCUUGCCUUCUUCCCCACGUGGAUUGUUCUAUCUGAGUUGGAACACAGCCACGAGGUGCAGGUCACCGCGGAGGACGUCGCGCCCAAGACAGUAGGCGAAUCAACAGCCUAA